GGGUGGGGUGGGCGGACACUCGUCAUAAGGCCAUACAGACGCCCGUGACUGAGAGAAAACUCUCAUAAACAGUUAUUCGGAUGACAUAGUACGUAUAGCAAGUCCUAACAGUAUGGACACACCUUCAGCAUGAUGGUAUAUAACGCAGAAGACAUGCUUCAGUUUCAUCCGCACGGCACUCCAAACACUCACACUUCCUGCAGAGCCUCUGCAGCAACAUGUUCGGGAUAUAUCAAGCGCACUGGGUGGUGCUGUCGGGUAGAGCGGCAGUGUUUGCUCUCCUGAUGUGGGGACCUCUGCAGGUGGCAGCAGAUUCAGAAGAGGAGGCCGCUUCAGAGUGGGGCAUGUGGAAAAAUCUCCAUGGAAUAUCCUAUGAUGAUGAGAGUGAUGACCUUCAGAGACAAAUCAUCUGGGAGACCAACAUGCAAAUGAUUGAGAAAAACAACGACAAUUUCCGCUUCGGAUUGUCGACAUUUAGCAUGGCAAUGAACAAAUAUGGUGAUCUCACCAAGAUGGAGUAUAAACGCUUGCUGGGCGCCACAAUUAAUGCCCCGAUAAACAGGAGAGGAAAGACUGUAUCCGCGCAAACGCUCCGUGCCAAUGCUAACAGACUGGGAUUGACCAAUGUGGACUAUCGAGCACAAGGAUAUGUGACUGAAAUCAAAGAUCAGGGAUACUGUGGGUCUUGCUGGGCCUUUAGCACUACAGGAGCCAUUGAAGGACAAAUGUUCAAGAAGACAGGACGGUUGGUGUCCCUCAGCGAGCAGCAGCUGGUGGACUGUUCCAGGUCUUACGGCACAUAUGGCUGCAGUGGUGCCUGGAUGGCGAAUGCCUAUGAUUAUGUGAUUCAUAGAGGGUUGGAGAGCUCUGACACUUACCCCUAUACGUCAGUGGAUACUCAGCCCUGUUUCUAUGACAGAAGUUUAGUUGCCGCCAGAAUCAGUGACUACAGGUUCAUCCCGGCCGGAGAUGAACAGGCUCUGGGUGAUGCCGUGGCAACCAUCGGUCCGAUCACUGUCGCCAUAGAUGCCGAUCAUCCAAGUUUCCUCUUCUACAGUUCAGUUGGGGAACAGGAUGGGGUGAAGGAGGCUACAUGCGAAUGA